AUUAUUUGGAAUAAAUUCAACUGCUUUACCUUCCAUACAGACUGGAUUUCGCCUUGACCAAGGACAGAGAGUACGCAAUUAAUAUAUAUUAGGGUAGACAGAAAUAUUUGUUAACACUUCUUUUGCUUUUAAUGCAAAACAAAAGCUAAUACCAUAGUAUAUGUUUCGUUUUCAUGAAGCAAGCAAAGUUUCUCGAAAAUAACUGCAUUUAUACUUUUAGUGGCUAUGCAAAUAGUCUCUUGAUUAAAUAUAAAAAAAAACUUGAGUGAAAUUAUCCUCAUAAUUAUUUCACUUAAUUAUUAUUAAUCGCUAAUAUUAUUAACUUGACGUUCUUAUCAGUUAGUUUUUGAAAUGAACUUAUUGGUUAAAUUUGUUUAUUUGUUAAUUACUUUUGUAUCACUUCUCAGCUUUGUAAUAGGCUUACCUGUAUACAAAAAUCGCCAGUUGGAAAAAUCGCUCUGAUGAGUACAUUUACGGGAACCCCAUGCGGGAAAGAACAGGUGAGUGUACCCACGUGUUUACCAUCGGUGUGAGAGAGUGUAAAAGUGUUCGUGCGCGUGCGUGGGUGCGUGCGCCAGUCCAUGUUUGUGAGUAUAUAGUAUAUUUCCUUUUACAGAUGUGUUUAAAUGGAGCGUGCGUGCCGUGGGUGAAGACUGUCAACCCCGACUAUGUGCGUCCUCUGGUGAGGGAAGGUGACUGGGGACCAUGGAGUCCGUCGUCUCCCUGUGACAACACUUGUGGUGAUGGUGUCAGCGUCUCCACACGACAAUGUAACAGACCAACACCAAACGUGGCCCCGUUCUGUAAUGGAGAUGUCCUCAAAGCUCAGAUGUGUCCAUCUCGACAGGUGUGCUCAGGUGAGAGCAGCGUGGAGUCGGAACUCGUCCAACAGCGGGUCAAGGCCGUGUGCAGCAGGGUAAAGGCCAGCGGUGCCUCAGUCUACAACCUGACCGGAGAGGGCAAAGUGCACGGCACCAGCGGCGAGGUUGACAAGUGCACGGUGACCUGUAACCUUGUGACAGGGACCUCAUCAGAACGCUUCCUCCUACAGGACGGGACACCAUGCUGGGGUGAGGACAACGACAGGGACCACGACUCUAAUGUCAGAGGCAUUUCGUGGCGAUGUGUACAAGGCCGAUGUCUGGCCUUCGGGUGUAACGGCAAGAGUCUGGGUGAGGGAGGCGGUGUGGAGAAAGACAGGUGUGGAGUGUGUGGCGGGAACGGCUUGUCUUGCCCCAAGUAACUUGGUCAACUCACAUCAUUGGACACAAUAAGCAGAGACAUAGGUUUCCGAGGAUUGAGCAAAUGUUGUAAUCAGACUUUCUAGUCUGGACAUGAAUGAUUGUCUUGAUGCUUUUAUCGGUAGUAACAUUAGUGUUAGAAAGAUUCAUUUGUCAAGCACACAAGAAAGUGUUAUUAAAACUCAUA